CCAGAAAAACAGAUAUGGAGAGGAAAAUCGAGAUUGUUCAAUUUGCAAGUCGAACCAGGCAGCUUUUUGUACGCCUUCUGGCCCUGGUAAAGUGGGCAAGCAAUGCGGGCAAAGUAGAGAAGUGUGCGAUGAUCUCCAGCUUCUUAGAUCAGCAGACUAUCUUGUUUGUGGAUACAGCCGACAGAUUGGCAAUACUAGCCAGAGAUGCCCUGGUACAUGCUCGUCUGCCCAGCUUUGCUGUCCCCUUUGCCAUCGACGUGCUGACCACAGGUUCAUACCCACGCUUGCCUACAUGCAUACGUGAUAAGAUCAUUCCUCCAGAUCCCAUCACAAAAGUUGAGAAGCAGACCACUUUAAAUCAGCUCAAUCUGAUUCUACGACACCGUCUGGUCACCACAGAUUUACCCCCCCAGUUGGCAAAUCUGACCGUUGCUAAUGGCCGCGUUAAGUUUUGUGUGGAGGGAGAGUUUGAGGCCACAUUAACCGUGAUGGGGGAUGACCCUGACAUUCCUUGGAGGCUGUUGAAGUUGGAGAUUCUUGUUGAGGAUAAAGAAACUGGAGAUGGCCGAGCCUUAGUUCACAGUUUACAGGUGAACUUCAUCCAUGAGUUGGUCCAGGCACGUCUCUGUGCAGAUGAAAAGCCCCUUCAGGACAUGUACAACUGCUUGCAUUCCUUCUGUCUGUCACUGCAGCUCGAGGUGCUUCACUCCCAGACACUAAUGCUGAUCAGGGAGCGAUGGGGAGACCUGGUGCAGGAGGAGAAAUACGUGCCUGCUAAAUACCUCACACUUUCAGUCUGGAAUCAACAAGUUUUGGGUAAGAAAACAGGCACAGCGUCCGUUCAUAAAGUCACCAUCAAGAUUGAUGAAUCGGAUGGCUCAAAGCCUUUACAAAUCUCCCAUGAGCCUCCUCUGCCUGCCUGUGACUCAAAAUUAAUGGAGCGAGCCAUGAAGAUUGACCACCUCUCUGUGGAAAAACUUUUGAUUGACAGUGUUCACGCCCGCGCCCAUCAGAAGCUACAGGAACUCAAGGCCAUUUUAAAAACCAGCAAUCCCAGUGACAAUUCAUUCAUUGAAACCGCUCUGCCCACUCUGGUUAUUCCAAUACUUAAACCCUGCGGUCGGUCGGAGUGCCUGCACAUUUUUGUAGACCUUCACUCUGGCAUGUUUCAGCCCAUGCUGUAUGGAUUGGAUCAGUCCAUGCUGGAUGACAUUGAAAAAACCAUCAAUGACGAUAUGAAGCGCAUACUAUCUUGGCUCCAGCAACUCAAGUUUCUGGAGAGCAGGGCGACCCUGAGCCAAAGAAGCCUAAGAGAUCUGGAGAAAUGUGUGCUUUUAACAAAGAGCUGGCUCAUCUUGUAGCCAUGUGUGACACUAACAUGCCUUUUAUUGGCCUCAGAGCAGAGCUGUCAAACAUGGAGAUGGCAACUGAGGGAGUUCAAGUGGAGGGAGAUGGCAGCAGUCAUGCAAUACAGUUACUAAAGAUUCCUUCCUGUAAGGAUGUAGGAGAGGAGACCAGAAGAGCUUUAGAGCAAUCCCUCCUAGACUGCACCUUCCGCCUGCAGGGCAGGAACAACCGGACCUGGGUGGCUGAACUGGUGCUGGCCAACUGCCCCCUCAACAGCACGCACAGCAAAGAGCAAGCCUCCACAAGGCACGUAUAUCUGACAUAUGAAAACCCUUUGUCGGAGCCUGUUGGUGGGAGGAAGGUUGUCGAGAUGUUCCUGAAUGACUGGAAAGCCAUUAGUCAUCUCUACCAGUGUGUUCUCAACUUCUCACGUGCACUCCCAGAUAUACCGUCUAAUCUGAGUGCGUUCGCUGAAGUGCGUCUGUAUAAUUACCGUAAGCUGGUGCUGUGCUACGGCACCACCAAAGGCGGUUCUGUCACCAUCCAGUGGAACUCCAGCAGCCAGCGUUUUCAUUUAGCCCUUGGAACUGUGGGGCCCAAUUCAGGCUGUUCAAACUGCCAUAACAUCAUCCUCCACCAGCUACAAGAGAUGUUCAACAAGAAUCCCAAUGUGUUGCAGCUGCUGCAGGUGCUGUAUGACACACAAGCUCCUCUUAAUGCAAUCAACAAGCUACCAACAGUGCCCAUGCUAGGCCUCACCCAGCGCACCAACACAGCCUACCAGUGUUUCUCCAUCCUACCACAGUCACCCACUCACAUCCGACUGGCCUUCCGGAACAUGUACUGCAUUGACAUUUAUUGCCGCAACCGUGGAGUAGUUGCCAUUAGAGAUGGAGCCUACAGUCUGUUCGACAACACUAAGAUUGUAGAAGGAUUUUAUCCGGCUCCAGGACUCAAGACAUUCCUGAAUAUGUUUGUAGACGGCAAUCAAGAUGCUCGCCGGCGUUCAGUCAAUGAAGAUGACAACCCUCCCUCUCCAGUGGGUGUAGAUGUGAUGGACAGUCUGAUGAACCAGUUGCAAGCUACACAGCAGCCGCAGACCAUGAGAGGUGGUCCAGGGGGUGUUUAUCCUCCCCUCACUUCACCCCCACCAAAUUAUCACACUAAUGUAACCCCAUCACCUUCUAUGCUGCACACCCAGUCACCAGGUCCUCUGGACCCCAGCUCUCCAUAUACCAUGGUGUCUCCCAGUCACAGGGGCCAGUGGCCAGGCUCACCACAAGUUUCAGGACCUUCUCCUGGAGCAAGAAUCCCCGGCAUGUCCCCUGGUAAUCCUUCGCUGCACUCCCCUAUUCCUGAUCCUCAUUCUCCAAGAGCUGGGACCAGUUCACAAGUCAUGCCCACCAGUAUGCCUCCUCCCCGAAAGCUACCUCAGCGCCCCUGGGCUGCCUCCAUCCCCACCAUCCUCACCCACAGUGCCUUACACGUGCUUCUGCUCCCCUCACCCACUCCGUGUCUAGUGUCAGGCCUGGCAGGAAGCUACCUCUGCUCGCCACUAGAGCGCUUUCUGGGUUCAGUUAUCAUGAGACGACACCUGCAAAGGAUCAUCCAGCAGGAGACCAAUUUAUCCAUUGUAAACUCGAAUGAGCCGGGGGUGAUCAUGUUUAAAACGGACAUACUCAAGUGUCGGGUGGCUCUGAAUCCUAAGAACUAUCAGACGUUGCAGCUAAAAGUCACCCCAGAAAAUGCAGGCCCAUGGUCCCAGGAGGAGCUUCAGGUGCUGGAGAGGUUCUUUGAGACCAGAGUUGCUGGUCCUCCGUUUAAAUUCAACACUCUGAGUGCCUUCACAAAGCUGCUGGGGGCUCCCACCAAUGUUCUGAGGGACUGUGUACGCAUCAUGAAGCUUGAACUAGUACGUAGUCUGCUGGUUUUGGUCGUGGCGGUGGAUGGCGUUCUGCUGGUCAGAGAGGGAGAGGCAUGGGUCGAGGCCAAAGGGGAAGGGGCGGAUAUGGCAGAUCAGGCAAUCAAUCAGACAUCUGCUUCAACUGUGGAGGAACUGGACAUUGGGCCAGAGACUGCAGAGGCCCUCCCGCACAUCAAGGACCUCCUCUGGCUGGACAACCAGCCUAAAGCUGAGGAAGGGAUAGCAGACACAAUUGAAGGUUUAAUAGAGGCAGGUGUAUUAGAACCUUCUGCCUCAUCAUGGAAUACACCUAUCUUACUGGUCGAGAAGAAAGGGACAGGGAAAUAUCGCAUGGCCCAUGAUCUCAGAGCCAUUAAUGCUAUAUUAAAGACCCCCACUGUCCCUGUUCCAAACCCAUAUGUAGCCAUUUCCACAUUGGAUCCAUCACACCAAUGGUACACCUGUAUUGACCUUGCUAAUGCGUACUUCUGUCUGCCCCUUGCAGAAAGCUGUUGAGACUUGUUUUCCUUUACUUAUGAAGGUCAGCAAUGGAGAUACACCCGCCUGCCAUGAGGGUUUGCCCUGUCGCCAGGUAUUUUUAAUCAGGUUCUUAAAGAUGUGUUGCAGACUUAUCCUCUUCCCAGAAACACCACACUUAUACAGUAUGUGGAUGACAUGCUGCUAGCUGCCCCAACUUCAGAGCUUUGUGUGGAAGGUACACGCUUGGUGUUAAACCAUCUUCACAGCCAUGGGUUUUUUAAGUUACAAAUUGCUAGGAAACAAGUUUCCUUCCUGGGCCGUGUAAUCUCCUCAGGAACAACCAGCAUGUCCUCAGCACACAAGCAGAGCAUCCUAGCACACCCAAAACCAUUAAGGGUGAAAGACAUGCUCUCCUUCCUGGGCCAUACUGGCUACAGUCGAGGAUACAUCCCGGCCUACACUGACCUGACACAACCCCUGAGGAACUUGGCCAAAGAACAAGGUAUGAGAAACUUAAACAAUCUUCUCAUAUGGACACAAGAAGCUGAAAAAGUUUUUAUUAAACUUAAACAGGUUAUGGCAUCUGCUGCUGAAUUGACUCUCCCUGACCACAGUUACCCUUUUUUUCUGGAUGUUUCUGUAACAAAACUGGCAGUAAAUGGAGUUUUGUUCCAGAAAAAAGGGGGAGACAGAAAAGUACUACUGUACCUUUCUAUAAUGAUGGACAACAUGGAAAUAAGACAUCCACUGUGCACACAACAUGCUGCUAGCAUUGCUAAACUAAUUAAAAAAACAGCACAUGUAGUCAUGGGACAUGCACUCUAGGUGCUAACAACACAUAGUGUGGUGGCAUAUGUGAAUUCCCAAUGUUUUACCAUGACUACUCUCAGACAACACAGACUUUCAAAAAUAUUGGAAGCUCCGAAUAUCACAUUCACACAUGAAGGAAUAAACAUGGCAGACGGCAUCACAGAAGGGGAGCCACACCAGUGUGAGGAGCUGGCGUCCACACUGGAGAAGGUGAGGCCAGACUUGGAAACAAGUCCCCUCGAGGGACCACAGGUGAGACAACUGUUUACAGAUGGUUGUUGUUACAGGACAGACAGAGGACUAAAAGCAGGUUAUGCAGUGGUGGAAAUGAUAGAAACAGGAUAUUCAGUGGUCAAAGCAGAACAGCUAAAGGGAGCUCAAUCAGCACAAAGAGCAGAAGUCAUAGCUGUAAUUGAGGCACUGACGAAGGAGAAGGACAAAAUGAAUGUAUAUACAGAUUCAGCGUAUGCUGCAGGGGCCCUGCAUGUGGAAUUGUGCCAGUGGCUGAGAGCAGGGUUUUUAACAGCAGGAGGAAAAACCAUUAAACAUGAGACAGAAAUGAAAGAGUUGGCAGAAGCCCUCCUGCUACCCACACGGGUGGCAGUGAUUAAAUGUAAAGGACAUGACAAUAGCAACUCGUUCACAGCACAAGGGAAAGAAAUUGUACUGGACUACACAGACAUGGUGACAUCAGUGAAAGGGAAAAAAUAUUUACUAGUGUGUGUUGAUGCUUUUACAGGCUGGCGAGAAGACAGUAAAAUAGUAGUGAAGUGUUUGAUUAACCAUUACAUCCCCAGGCACAGGUUCCCUGAGAAAAUUUGAACAGACAAUGGGACUCACUUUAAGAACCAGGACCUUCAGAGGGUCGAGGCCAGUCUAGGCCUCAAACACAGGUUUGGCACUGUCUACCAUCCCCAGUCCCAGGGGAAGGUAGAAAGAAUGAAUCAAAACUUGAAAAACAAAUUGGCUAAAAUCUGUGCACAGAAUAAAUUGUCUUGGGUUGAUGCACUGCCUCUUGCUCUGAUGUCAAUCAGGUGUUCAGUAAACUCCACCACAGGAUACACCCCAUUUGAACUGACCACUGGACAGUGUUUCCCAGGGCCCCAACGUAGACCACCAGACCUCACAGGUGAUCUGCAACACCUUACACACAAAGAUUACUUCUGUCAAUUGCAGACUGUCAGAGAGGAGCUGAGCAGGAUCCAAGGAGGAGCUCAGAGCGAGAUCUCCUCAUCAACUGCCCCAGAAGCCACGUGGGUCUGGCUAAAGGUCAUAAAGAGAAAGUGGUCGGAACCCAGGUUCACUGGCCCUCAUCAGGUCGUGGAAAGGACAUCCCACACCGUGCGUCUGAAAGGAAAAGGGAAAACUUGGUAUCAUUGGUCACAGUGUGCCCCAGCUGAAGAACCUGGCAGAGAUCUGACACCCACCCCAUAUGUGACGGAGUGA